UAUCCUCUACCACUCACUAUACGACUCGGCGGCUCAAGACCGAUUCCCUUUGUAUUGAACAGUCCGUCAUAGUCGAUACUAACGUAUUCCUUUCAAAGCUCUUCCUACUUGUUCUUUCUUGCGUUUCCUUCUCGUUUUUCUUUUCAAUUCCUGAGAUUUGCUCGUGACGAUCAUUUAUUUCGCUUGUAGUUUUAUUAGAACAUAAUCUCUAAAAUGCAAGUUACUGCUCCAACUCCUGCAGUGGACACAGAGGACCAACGGACUACGUUGCCAAAAAAUGUGAAACCCAUUCACUAUGAUUUAAAGUUGUAUCCGGAUUUGGACACCUUCACGUAUGGCGGAAAAGUUGCUAUCCAGUUGGAUGUGCUUGAAGACACAAACACAAUUACUCUCCACAGUUUGAAUAUUCGUUUCCUUUCUGUGUGCUUAGAAUGGGGCAAGCAAGCCGUUUGGACGGACGAUAUUGAAUAUGCUACAGAAGACGAGCGCGUAAUUCUUCAUUUUAACAGCACCGUUCCCGCGAAUACGGUCGCUGUCUUGUCUAUUUCUUUCUGUGCCAUCAUUUCGAGCGGAAUGGAAGGUUUCUACCGCUCAAGCUAUGUUGAUGCUGACGGUAAAACGAAAUACCUUGGUACCACACAAUUCGAGCCCACAAGCGCUCGUCGUGCUUUCCCCUGUUGGGAUGAGCCGGCUCUGAAGGCCACCUUUUCUAUUUCUAUCACUGCUAAAGAAAACUUUGUGAUCCUCAGUAAUAUGAAUGCUGCAAAGGAGAGCCUUGACAACGGCUACAAGACUGUGGACUUUGCCAAGACAGUCACUAUGUCCACAUACCUUUUGGCUUGGGUUGUCGGCGAGCUCGAGUACGUUGAGGCUUUCACUUCCGGCGAGCACUGUGCUAAGCUUCCCGUCCGUGUAUAUACUACUCCUGGCUCCGCUCAUCUCGGAAAGUUUGCUGCUGACUUGGGUGCCAAGACGCUGGAUUUCUUCUCCGGUGUUUUCAACGAGCCCUAUCCCCUUCCCAAAUGCGACAUGGUCGCUAUUCCCGAUUUUGAGGCCGGUGCCAUGGAAAACUGGGGUCUUGUUACCUACCGUCUGUCCGCCGUUAUUGUUGAUGAAAACUCGGCAGCUGCUACGAUUGAACGCGUUGCGGAAGUCGUACAGCACGAAUUGGCUCACCAAUGGUUUGGUAACCUCGUUACCAUGCAGUUCUGGGACAGUCUGUGGUUGAACGAAGGUUUUGCUACGUGGAUGUCCUGGUUCAGUUGUAACCAUUUCUAUCCCGAGUGGAAGGUGUGGGAAGGAUAUGUCAUUGACAACCUUCAAUCCGCUUUGUCUCUUGACUCCCUUCGUUCGAGCCAUCCUAUCGAGAUGCCCAUUCUUCAUGAAUACGAAAUUAACCAAAUGUUUGAUGCCAUUUCUUACUCUAAGGGUUCUUGUGUCAUUCGCAUGAUCAGUAAAUACCUUAGUGAGGAUGUUUUCAUCAAGGGCAUCCAGCGUUACAUUUCCAAGCAUCGUUACGGUAACGCCGUAACCGAGAACCUUUGGGAUGCUCUUUCUGAAGUUAGCGGUAUCGACGUCAACGGAAUCAUGAACUGCUGGGUUAAGAAGAUUGGUUUCCCUGUCGUUUCUGUCACUGAAACUGAAAAGGGUCUGAAGGUUGAACAACACCGCUUCCUCUCGAGUGGUGACGUGAAGGAGGAGGAAGACAAGACUCUUUACUGGCUUCCCCUGAAGCUGAAGACUUUGAAGGACGGAAAGGCUGUUGUUGAUGAAAAACUCGUCUCUACUGAGCGUUCUGCUCUUAUACCUGCCGACAAGGACGCUUUGGUUUCGUACAAGUUGAACGCCGACCAAACUGCCAUCUACCGUGUCGCUUACACUUCCGCUCAUCUUGAGCGUCUCUCAAAGCUUGCCGUUGCACAACCUGAUUACUUGACUGUGGAAGACAGAGCUGGUUUGGUAGCCGACGUUGCCGCUAUUUCUCGCGCUGGUUACGGACAUGUCAGUGAUUUGUUUAACAUUGUCCGCCAUUGGAAGCAUGAUAGCUCGUUCGUUGUUUUCAGCAUUAUGUUGCAACGCAUUAAUGGCAUCAACAACACAAUGAACUUCCAAUCUAAGGAACUUACCACCGCCUUGAGAAAGUUCCUCUUGGACAUCUCUGCACCCAAGUGCCAUGAGCUUGGCUGGAAGUUUGACGAUAAGGAUGACCACAUUUCUCGCCAAUUCAAGGCCCUUUUGUUUUCUGUUGCUGGUCUCAACGGAGAUGAAAAGGUUAUUGCCGCUGCCAGAGCCAUGUUCGAUGCCUACGUUCAAGGUGACAGUUCUGCUAUCAACGAUAACCUUCGUUCUGCCGUAUUCCAAAUUGUGAUCACUCACGGUGGAAAGAAGCAAUGGGAGCAAUUGCUCAACAUUUACAAGACUUCUCGUAAUCCUUAUGAGAAGAUUUACGCUCUGCGUUCCUUCGGACGUACUCAAGAUGACGAGUUGCUUCAACGCACCCUUCGUUUGGUGUUGGACCCUAUUGUUAAGGACCAAGAUAUUUACAUUGUCUACGGUUCUUGCCGUAAUUCCGCAAAGGGUAUCCGUGCUAUGUGGGACUUCAACACAACUCACUGGCCUGAGAUUUGCAAGCGUUUGCCUGCAGCUGGUACCAUGCAAGGUACUGUUGUCAAUCUCAUGUGUUCUAGCUUCACCUCUGAGGAGGACAUCAAGAAAAUCGAAGCCUUCUUUGCCGACAAGGAUACGAGAAAGUACGAGCGUCCUCUUCGUCAAGCAAUUGAUGUUGUGCGUUCUAGUGCUUCCUUCAUUGCUAAGUCUAGCGGCGAUAUUGUCGACUGGCUCAAAAAGACUGGCUAUUAUGUUUAAAUGUUACGCUAAAAAGAAAUAUGAAUGAAUUUCUGAUGACCAUACA